UUGAGUUGUCUCAGUGAACUACUGACAGUAACUACACCAUGGAAAUAUGUACUGACAUUACAUUCACCUGAACUCCCAUUGAUAACUAAUAGGGACAUUGUAAAAAAGUUGGUGGAGCUAAAGGGGAACAAUAUUGUUGCUGAAGGUAUUAAUGCUGCUACUGGAUAUGCUCAUAAAUGGCUUAUGAAGAAAAAAGUUGUACCCGGUAGUCCCCCAGAGAACAUUGGUCCCCUACCAAAUUUCACAAUUUAUAAAAGUGCAGAAUCAAUCAACAGUGCAUUAAGUAGAGAUUUUGUUGAAUAUGCACUCACUGACAGUAAAGCAAUAGCACUGAGAAAAAGAUUACAGUACACAAGAUCAGCAGAGGAAUUCUUUUUUGCCACACUUAACAAGUUGAAGGAUGCUCCUGGUAAUCGUAUGAAGCUAAAGGCUGCUGGUCUAGCAAUGCCAAGAUUUUCACAAAGAUUUUGGGGUGCAAGAAGGAAUGGAUGUCUAGAAAGAUACUUGAGACAUAAAAUAUGUAUAGUCAGUGCUAGUGAUCUUCCAUUCAUACUGAAUCAAAUGAAGAAAGGUCUGUGGUUCUAUAACAAGUAUCUUAUUGAUUAUGAUUAUGUUGUCAAUGACUGUAUUCAAUUGUUACUCUUGUUUGUAUACAAACAAGAGUGCCACUACAAUGAAGAAUAG